AUGAGCAACUUUGGUUUCGAAACAGAAUGCCACGAAGUGGUCAAUACCUUUGCUCAAGAAGUCAAGGGUAAAACAUUCCUCAUCACAGGCCCAACCCCAGGGGGCAUUGGCGCGCAAACAGCCAUAUCCUUGGCCGCUGCCUCGCCCUCAACAAUAAUUCUGGUCGGACGAUCUGUCGAGAAGGGCCAGCCCACGGUCCACCAUAUCAAACGAGCCAACUCCUCCAUCAAUGUCAGAUUCGUAGAGGCCGAGCUCUCAUCAAUGCAGAGUGUCCGCAAGGCUGCACAAUGCAUCCUCGACGACGAUGGCAUUCCAUUCAUCAACACCAUUAUCAAUAAUGCGGGAAUCAUGGUUCCUCCGUAUUCCCAGACAAAAGACGGUUUUGAGUCGCAAUUCGCCACGAACCACCUCUCCCACUUCCUGCUCGUCAACAAGCUCAUGCCAAAGUUGCUCGCCGCCGGAAAUGCACGAGUGGUGAAUGUGUCAAGCGUGGGCAACAAGUACAGCGGCAUGAACUGGGGGGACAUUCAUUUCAGGACAACUUACACGCCACAAAGGGCGUACUCACAGUCCAAAACGGCACAAAUUCUCUUCUCGGUGUCGCUGAACAAGAAACUGGCUUCAAAGGGAGUGCGGUCAUUUGCUCUGGACCCCGGCAGUGUCGAGACUGGGUUGUCAAAGUACAUCUCUUUGGACAUUGCCGAGGACAUGGCACAAAAGAUUGCGGGCAAGAGCCUUGUAGAAGCGAGGGCUUCUCGAAGAAAGACUGUGUGCCAGGGCUGUGCUACCACGUUAGUUGCUGCGCUGGAUCCCACGCUCGGCCAUGGGGUGUAUCUGGCUGACUGUAAAAUCACAAGCGACCCUGCCUGUGUUAAUGCUUGGGCGUUGGACGAGGGGGAUGCGGAGAGGUGUUGGACGCUGAGUGAAGAAUGUGUGGGAGAGACGUUUGUGUAUUGA